CUCCAGAUUAAUCAGCAAAGAGCUGUCGAAAGCCUAUAACCAUUCAAUGUCCCUGAGUUUGCCACAACUGUGCAGCUGACCACUGGAGGCCUAUUGAUAAAGUCAAAGUGUUAAAUACCUCCCUCAUUAGUUUAUGCUGUGUCCCCAAAAGGAGCCUGAACGUGGCACUGCUGGGUCACAGGAUGGCCUUAGCUGCCUCAUUAAUACGCAGUGUGUCUGUAUAAUGCCCCUCUGUGCUUUAUAAUAAUGGCUCAGUGUUUCUAAGUGUGUGGACGUUACCCUCUCAGUCUGCUUUGUAGGGGAAGUGACUGGAUUACGCUAUAAUCCCAUUAUGAUGCGUCUACCAUGUGAGGGCCAGUCGAGGGAUUAGAAACCAAAGGCUCUGCCUUCAGGACCCGAUCAGCAGCCAACGGUGUGACUGUAACUACAGUGACACACACUCAAAAGGCACAAGUCAAGUGUUUAGAUGGCGCUGAUCGCCCGGGGACGGCGGUCGUCCGUUGCCUGGAGAUACACUCUCAUGGAUUCUGCUGAAGCCUUGGGUUUCCGGCUGAGCUGCUACUGAUGCUGUGCAAAAGUUGUGUUUUGGACAAACGGCCGAUGGGAGAAUGAUUAACCCAGUUGGCCAAAGGAUUAAGUGUGUCACUGUCAGAGAUGUCAGUGUCACUGUGUGUGUACAUGACAGGAGGUGAAGGUCUGGAUGGAGGACGGAGUCGUCACGUUCAAACAAAUGCAGCAGAACCUCUCACCAACAUCAGAGAGCGGAGGGACAAUGUGCAGGACCACAGACUGGGUCUAGUCUCCUCCAUUUUGGCGUUCUCAGUGGAAAUCAUAAUAUUUUCUCUUAAACAGAGUUUGAUCCAAGCAUGUUUUUGGCUCCGUUGCUCUAGUGCUGCCAGCGGAGUAAGCGACAUAUAAAGUAGAGCAGCACAACAGCUGCGACUAUGUCAGGGUCUCAGGAAGCAGUGAGACUCUGAUACGGCGAGAAAAAGAAGCAUUUAUUUCUAACCUCCAAGCAGGAGCGGAUUUAAUAGAAAUACCAGUAGUGAGACUCGACGCGGGACUCGACUCGUUCCUCAUCCUCAUCAACUGCAGCUCCUGGAGCGGGCGGAUAGAACCGAAUCUACGACCAGGUCAUCCAGAACCUCCAGCAAAAACAGUUGUGGACUUUGCCACAUGGAACAGUGGGUUGGUUUCCCAGACACAGAUCAGUUCACUUCUAAUCUCUGGCUGUAAUCUCACACAGAACAGUACUGAUGUAGAGUUGAUGAAAUGGCAUCGGCGGCUCUGGAGCUCAUGGGCUUCUUCCUGGGCCUGCUGGGGAUGCUGGGGACCCUGGUGUCCACCGUGCUGCCCUACUGGCGGGUUUCCGCCCACAUCGGCUCCAACAUCGUCACGGCGGUGGAGAGCAUGAGGGGCCUGUGGAUGGAGUGCGUCUACCAGAGCACAGGGGCCUUCCAGUGCGAGGCCUACAGCUCCAUGCUGGCCCUGAACUCGGACAUGCAGGCUUCCCGGGCCCUCAUGGUGAUCUCUCUGGUGCUGUCGGUCCUCGCCAUCGCCACGGCCGUCAUAGGGAUGCAGUGCACUCUGUGCCUGGAGGGCUCGGGGGCGAUAAAGAGCCGCGUGGCAGGCGCGGGUGGGGGCUUAUUCGUUGCUGCAGGCUUCCUGGCACUCAUACCUGUGUCAUGGACCACGCACGAGGUGGUCCAGUCCUUUUACCGUCCAAAUGUACCCGCCAGCAUGAAGUAUGAGCUGGGGCAGUGUCUUUAUGUGGGCCUGGCCUCCGCACUGGUCUCCGUCCUUGGCGGCGGGAUGCUGUGCGUGUCGUGCUGCGAGGAGCGGGACGGUGGCCGUGGGCGGCGCCACGUCGGAGGGUACCCGUACCCGCUCGGAGGCGGGGCCUCGGCCACCGGGGGGCGGAUGACCUCGCAGACAUACCGCAACCCCACCCUGCAGGUAGGGGGCAGCAACGCGGCCGGCAGGGGGCACGCGCUCGCCCGCAGCACCAGCGCCAGCUCCCAUUCCAGUACCCAUGGGGUCCAGGGAGCCAAGAAGCCCCCUGCCGCUGGCUAUGACGUCACAGGAUACGUCUAAGGAUGCACUCCAUCGCCCCGUUAAUUAUUACCCCCACCAUUGCUUUUGGCACACUUAAUUGUAUUUGGAUU